CUUUGUAUAGCCUUUACUCAUUAGAAGGUACCACGCCGCAGGUCAUUCUAAUCUGCAUAAUGGCAUUUUCUAAAAUACAUGAGAUAGAUCCCAAUGGCGAUACUCUCCUCAUUCUCCGUAAUCCUGGCGCUCCGUUCGCAGUAUGUUAUACUGAAGAAGAAUGGCCUAACACAUUAUCAUACCAUCAAUCAAGCGAUUCAACACACCAUGAAGCGUCUGUUAUACGCACGGAAGCUCUAAGCGACAAUGACAGUAGCUUGAGUGAUGUGUCAUCGCUCCCCCAAGCGGAGCCAGAACCAAGGCACAUCCGAUUCAGGUUGUGUUCGCAACAUCUUCGGCUUGCAUCUACGUUUUUCAGAACAUUGAUGCGUGGCGACUGGAAGGAAACAGAGUCUGAGCCCGGUUUCAAGUGGACUGUUACGGCAAGGGACUGGGAUCAUGAAGCUUUUCUUAUGCUGAUGAACAUAAUACAUCACCAGACGCGAGCAGUUCCCCGGACAGUGGCUAUUGAAACAUUGGCAAAGGUUGCCGUGCUGGUCGACUACUACGGUUGCUAUCAGGCGGUCGAGCCAUGGGCGGAGACCUGGAUCUCCAACUUGGGCUCAGACCUACCCAUUUACUACGCAAGGGAGAUACUACUGAGGCUCACGGUGGCUUGGGUGUUCUCCGACUAUGGGGCGUUUCGUCUUCUCACCAAGGUCGUUAUCCGCAGAAGUCGAGGACCUAUAGAAACACUGGGGUUGCCGAUACCCCAGCCAAUCGUUGACGCUCUCGAGGAGAAAAGAAAACAGACUAUCAGCCACUUGAUACUGCGCUUACAGAGCAUUUCGAACAGUUUGAAUGUGAACAAAGACGACAGCUACAGCAGCCAGUGCCAGUACAUACAGUUGGGGUACAUUGAUCAGAAUCUGUUUGUUAAUGGUCUCAAGCCCCUACCAGACCCUCCAUUUUUCGGGUUUAGUCUCAGUGCCCUGGACGAAGCUAUGUGCAACUUCGACUGUUUCACCAACUGUGCAUGUCAGCCUCGUUCAGACCAUAUGAGAACUCUCCGAGCGAACGUGUUGGACUGUAUCGCGAUCGCUUUCAAGGAUUUCGAAUAUGGCCUUGAUCUGGAUCAGUUUCGGGUUGAGCAACGGGGGCAGAGUAGUAUCAGAUAAUAGCUUGGCAGUAGAACAUGGUUCAAAAUUUUGCCGUGUGCUGUGUGUCGGCAUGAGGAAAAGGGUUGUUCAGGCUUAAAAGGAUCAUCAUGGCCUUCUAACAAACUGAGGGGCGAGGAAGGCUGAGAUAUGUCGCCACAAGGCGCCUAAUAAGUGAGAAAGCGCGUGGUUGCUGUUACGUAUCACACGCUGCAAGUUGGCAGUGAGACGGCGACUAUUCAAGGUUUCGCGGCGGUGGGUGAAGAACGCCUAAGACGAGCAUGAAAGGUAUAUUCGAGAUCUUACUGGUAAGGAUCAGGUGGCGUCAACGACGCCAUGUCAUGGUGGCCGAGAGUCGGCUACCGUACCCAGGUUUGCGUUGGGCUAGAACAGACUCGACUACAGCUAAAU